UCACCCCCACACAGUUGCCUCCUUCUCUGCCCCGCGUUAGGGUUUCAAUCACCAAGCUUUGCGAUUAUCCUCAAUUGAUCCGUCGCGCGCUGAUCCUUCGCGUCGCCCAAUCGAUUUCUCGCAGAGCUUGUGAAACAUGUUGGAUCUGAGCGCAUUGGAGCCGCCCACGCUCCACAGCUUGCCUCAUGGCGUGGAGCCUUUGUUGCACGCGGCUCCGAGCUUCGAGUUGCCCGCUGUUGCUGAUCUGGAUGGUUUCCAAAAAGCAGCGGUUCAGAUGGUAAAGCCAGCAAAGGGUACAACUACUUUGGCUUUCGUUUUCAAGCAUGGCGUCAUCGUGGCUGCUGACUCGCGUGCCAGCAUGGGCAACUACAUUUCCUCGCAAUCGGUGAAGAAAAUUCUGGAGAUCAACCCCUACUUGUUGGGCACUAUGGCGGGAGGUGCCGCUGAUUGUCAGUUUUGGCAACGGAAUCUUGGCACUCGGUGCCGGCUGCAUGAGUUAGCGAACAAGAGGCGCAUUUCAGUGACUGGAGCUUCAAAGUUGCUUGCAAAUACCCUUUACUCAUAUAGAGGAAUGGGUCUAUCUAUGGGCACUAUGAUUGCUGGCUGGGACGAAACGGGUCCAGGCUUAUACUAUGUGGACAGUGAAGGUGGCAGGGUGAAGGGCACACGUUUCUCCGUUGGAUCUGGCUCUACUUAUGCAUAUGGUGUACUCGAUACAGGCUUUAACUGGGAUAUGUCUAUCGACGAAGCAGUAGAGCUUGCUCGUCGUUCUAUUUACCAUGCGACUUUCCGUGAUGGAGCUAGUGGUGGUGUAGUUAGUGUUUAUUAUGUCGGACCGGGUGGGUGGAAGAAAAUGUCAGGUGACGAUGUCGGUGAACUUCAUUAUAGUUAUUAUCCAGUUCAAGAGGUACCAGCCGAGGCGGAGAUGGGUGAGGCUUCCGCGUAAGUGUUGUUAAUACACGGCCAAUCAUCCUUGAGAUUAUCCGCAGUGCAAGUUGGUUAUGUUGUAGAUGUACACCAACCUCUUUGAAGUGAUCAGAAUCAAUCGUCGAGGUUUCCAGGAUUAUGUUGAUUUCCAACUUUUCGGUGUUAUCAAUCUACCAUACUAUUCUGUA